AUGCUUCUCCUGGGAUGUCUCAGCGACAUUCAAAUAUGGGCAUCCGAGUGUCUGCUACAGUUGGUAUGUAUGAAAAUUAAAAAUCUUAAUGCAAUUUUCAGAUAAGCCGCAUCGAAGAUGGAGUAUUGAUUUUGGCGUUGGAAGGGCCAGCGAAUGCCCUUUCACCGUACGUCCAAGCAGCUUUGGUAGGCUGGUACGGAUUUUCCUUAGCGCUUAUUUUGGUGAUGCAGCCGGCAAACUACUAUUAUAGAUUUGUCUGCAUAAAAAAGUAAGAAGGGCCUUAAAUAAAUCUUAAUGUUUUCUCUUCAAUUUUAGUUUAACACCGCCUUCUAUUACUCAAUCAACACUUCUCUAUUGUCUUGUAUUUGUGAUUUCUAUGCCAUUUGGUAUAUCAACAUAUUUUGCGUUCGCCAGAAGCGCGGAAGUUCGCCCGGGCUUUAAUUACAGCAAGUUGUGGUACAAUAUAAGGCCGCUGCCCGUCUUGUUGCCUGCAGAUACGGUAGGCUUGUCCCCGACGUCCAUAGAGAACUUUAAUAGAGGAGUAAAUACACCCAAUUGUAUCUUGCAUACGCGGUGAUUUGUUUUGGUUUUGCCUACACUACCUGCAUCUACAUUGCCCGUCUAACAGUAGUGACACUGCGCUAUAAUCAGCAUAUGUUCAGUGCUAAGACAAUGCAGAUGCAAGCGCAACUCUCAACAGCGCUAUUCAUUCAAACGGCGUUGCCCAUUUUUACGUCUGUUGGACCUUGCAUGACAAUCGCUGCCUCUGCAUUUUUGAACAUGGACGUUGGAACUGCUGGGAUCAUCAUGUACACCUGCUUGGCCUGGAUUCCAUUUUUUAAUCCAUUGCUAACGCUGCUCAUCAUCAAACCGUUUCGUUCGGCGGUUGGAAGAAUUCUUAAGGGGGAAACAAGAGUGGGAGCUUCAGGUGGCUCUAACGGAUCUUUUUAUUGA